GGAAUUCGAAUGUUAGAGUACCAUUCCAUGGAAAAUUAUUUACAGGAAGGCUUACGGUUGUCUACUCGAUUAGGCAUCAAGUCAGCUCUGGCUGGGUUAUGGAUUGGUGGUGGUAAAGGACUUAUAUCUGAACCACCUAAUCGACAAAGUUUGCAACCAGAAUUUAGGCAGAAGCUGUUCUUUGAUUUUGGAGACUUCGUCUCCUCCUUGAAUGGAUGUUAUAUUACAGGUAUUGAUAUUGGUGUGAACAUUUCCGACAUGACCAACGUUCAUUCCCGCACCCGUUGGACGGUCAGUAUUCCAGGAGACCUUGGUGGGUCAGUAAAUGCAGCAAACCUUCUGGGAAGAGGCAUUUUCUUCAGUGGGACAUACUGUUACUUUUUGAAUCUGAACUUAAAUUCAGUUUUUCCUUUUUUAGGGAUGAAUGUUGCUCACUUACUGUUAGACAGAGAUGUUGGUCACAUAUAUAUUACCGAUGUGAGUAAAAAACGGGUUGAAGACAUAAGAGACAUCUUAGCUCAUAAGUCUCAUGGAAGGGUGCAGGUAGAAAAGGUGCCAAUUGGAGAUCUGAGCAUUUUAAGCUACAAAUGUGACAUACUUUCACCAUGUGCUCUAGGCCAUGUAAGUAAUGUCGUGUUUAUAUACGUGUUGACUCAGAAGAUUUUGAAAGAUUCUUUAGAACAAAACAUUACUGUUGUAGAAGCUGCUAAUCAGCUAGCAGAAAUCUUUGGACAGCAGGAACAUCCUCUGUGGCCAGGUCGGACAAGAGCCAUCAUCCAAGGACUUCUGGAUGGUGGGUGGCAUGAGGGUCGGGACUUCUGGCUGAAAAGAAAGAAUUUUGCUUUUACAGAUUUUGUAUGAUCUGGAGAAUCAUUCAUUGUUCAAGAAUAAGCCUAUCUCUAGAUAGUUUUACUUUUCCAAAUGGUAGACAUUAUUUGUUUGAUAGUGCUACUUAAGGAAGGUUCUAAUACAAUUUUGUUUCUUUUUAUGUCUGGGAAAGCAUUAGAAGCUGUGAUAAUCCAGUUUUUUAUUUAUAUGACUCUAUUGUUGAAGAAAAAGUGAUUUAGCAAAAUGUUUUUCUCUUGUUACAAAAAUAAUAUUCAUAAGGUAAUCUUAUAGGACUCUUGUGCAUUUAUAUUUCUGUAACAAUUUAUUGGGUUUAAAUUAAGAAAAUUAUUUAGAAUCUUAUUAUUUACAUUUCUGAUAUCUUUAAUACAGAAUAAUUUACAUGAGGUAACAUCUUUCUGUAUCCUUCAAAUUAAAUACAUUCAACUUAGUGAUCCGCAGCAGAAAGAAAACCUUGAGCUAGAUAUUGUCACAUCUUCAUAUUGAUAUGUUACAAACAACAAGACAUAGAUAUUUCUAUAGGAUCAGUAUAGAUGUGCUACAAAUAGCCAAACCUGGAUAAUAUUUGUGUUCAUAUUGAUAUGUUACAAACAACAAGACAUAAAUAUUGCUAUAGGAUCGGUAUAGAUGUGCUACAAAUAGCCAAACCUGGAUAAUAUUUGUGUUCAUAUUGAUAUGUU